AUGGCCGUCCCUGAGAAUGCUGGUGUCAAAGUUGACUCUUUCGCUCAGAAUAAUUUAGACAACAACAACACUGCUUCUGAGACCAAGCCCUCAUGUCAUUAUGAUCAGAGCCCAAAACCUGAUUCAUCUCUUGACUCACCGAAUCGUCCAGGCUCUGACGAUCUGACCGAUGAGGAUGCCCAAAAGGACCAGACUCCAAAUGGUGAGAGAGAGGACAGUGGAGGGUGUCUCAAGAACUUGCCUGAUGCGUUUUCUAAGCUAAACCCGAUGGCUAAGGAGUUUGUUCCUCCUUAUCUGGCUAGAAGCCAAUCUUGUGGGGGGUUUUGA